CUUCCCCGCCCCUCCCACCGCGCGGCCGCAGCCUUGGCACGGGUCUUGCAGGGACGUGGCGGUCCCGGCGGCGGCGGCGGCAGCAGCAGCAGCAGCAGCAGCAGCGAGCGGGGGGCUUUUUCCUCUCUUCUCUUCUCUUCUCUUCCCUUGCCUUCCCGGCCUUGCCCCGGCUCGCCCGGGCAGAGCCGCCCCCCCCCCCCCCCCCCCCGCCCCAGCGCUGAGGCGCCCAUCGCUGAGGCGCCCCUCGCCGCUCUGCAGGAUGUGGAAGCUGGUGCCCGCCGCAGGAAAAGGAGAGCCAUAUCGGCUUUUAAGUGGUACAGAAUAUGUUGUUGGACGCAAAAACUGUGCAAUUUUAAUUCAGGAUGAUCAGUCCAUCAGUCGAAGUCAUGCAGUUCUGACAGUAAAUCGUCCUGAAACAACCCCUAGCCAAUCUCUCUCAGUCCCUACUUUAACAGUAACAGAUACAUCUAAGUAUGGUACCUUUGUCAAUGGGUCGAAACUCAAUGGCACUUCAGUGUCUUUGCAGUCUGGUGACAGAAUCAACUUUGGAGUCUUUGAGAGCAAGUUUAGAGUAGAGUAUGAACCUUUGGUUGUCUGUUCCUCAUGUUUAGAUGUUGCUCAGAAAACUGCUUUAAAUCAAGCCAUCCAGCAGCUUGGAGGUCUUGUAGUGAAUGAAUGGACAAAAGAGUGUACUCAUCUUGUAAUGGUAUCAGUAAAAGUUACUGUUAAGACUAUAUGUGCUUUGAUUUGUGGUCGACCAAUUAUAAAACCAGAGUUUUUUGUUGAAUUAAUCAAAGCUAUUCAGUCCAGGCAAGAGUUGCCAAAUCAUGAAAGCUUUUAUCCUCCAGUUGAUGAGCCUUCCAUUGGCACUGAAAAACUGGAUUUAUCUGGGCAUCAUGAAAGGAAAAAAAUAUUCAGUGGAAAGACUUUUGUAUUUCUAACUGCCAAGCAGCACAAGAAACUGGGUCCAGCAGUUACUCUUGGAGGAGGGGAAGCAAAGUUGAUGACAGAAGGAAGAAAGGAAACAUCUUUACUAGUUUCUCCCGAAGUUUGUGUUGUUGAUGUGGGGUUGACGAACUCUCAGAUCGCAGGAUCUGACUCCAUGAGAAACUGGACUGAUUCCAUUCUGACCGUCUUGCAAAGCAAGGAUCUCAGGGCUAUUCCCGAGGCAGAAAUUGGAUUGGCAGUUAUCUUCAUGUCUACAGAAAAAUACUGCAACCCUCAAAAGCAGCCAAGUAAUAAAGCUCUAACUAAAAGUACUCCUGCAUCAGCUGCUGCAGGGCGAGCCAUUUCUCAGAGUCUGGCUGUGGAUGAAACCAUAAUGCUAACUGCUGCAGAUCACAGCACAGUACAUGUUGCUGAUACAGAAAUAGAAGAGCAGACAUGUAUGGAGAUAGAGGAUACUCCCCAGAUGGAUGGACGAGGGCAAAUAGCUUUCCAAGAUAUAACUGCUGUGAAGAAAAACCUUAGCACAAGUGGCGCCAUAAAUGCAGGAACAUCGAUAUCUAGAGUGAACAGAACAUCUGGGUUUAGUCAAAAAAGUCAUCCUGUCUCGCCAUCUGAAAUUUCAGAAGCUGGUAAACCUAGUGAGCAUGCUUCACGUCACCAGUCUAACUCAAUUACAAAUUACUUCCAGGUAGCUAGAAAAAGGGAAAGAGCUGAAGAAGGAGAAGAAACAUCUCUACCCAAGCUAGCAAAACUGGAGGAGAGGUCAUCGCCUGUUUCCAAGUGCAUUGAACCAACAGCUUCAUCAGUGUGGAAAAGUGAAGCACAACAGCAUCAAAAGGAAAAUAACAUCCUGGCCCCAAACCCAAAUUUUGCAUUAGAAGACACAGGUAUAAAGCUUAUGAGGGAAAGUGGCAAACUAGCAAGUGAUAAAACAGACACUAAAGCUACUUCUAGUGAAAAGCAUGUACCAAAGAAGAGAAAGGAGUUGAAUGAUUUACCUGAAGAUACAGCGACACUAGAAAUUGUGUUUGGAAGCAGAGACCUAGACUGGGAAGAACAAAUGGCAGAUCAUGACCAGGAAGCUCAAGGAAAUACACAAAAAAAAAUAUGUUUGGAAGCCAAAGGAAGCAGGAUUCAAGAAGCAAAUGUGAAGCAGAGAGAGGAGAAUAAAAUAUUGAACCACAACAAACUGCAAGAUGACUCCAGCAAUCUUCCUAGCAGACUUCUGUUGACUGAGUUUAGAUCGUUGGUUGUCAGCCAUCCGAGACAGAACAGUCAGCUUACUGGAAAUACCAGCUAUGGGGGAAAGAAAAAUUUCAAAAUGUUCAAAAAGGUAGCUUAUCCAGGGGCAGGACAACUUCCAUACAUUAUUGGAGGAUCAGAUUUGAUUGCUCACCAUGCUAAAAAGAAUUCAGAGCUAGAAGAAUGGUUAAGGCAAGAAAUGGAGGAACAGAACCGACAUGCAAGAGAAGAAUCGCUUGCUGAUGAUCUCUUUAGGUAUGAUCCUAAUGUGAAAAGGAGAAGAUAAAAUGUGACCUGAAUUUACAGUGAUUCUCUAGCAAAAACUGCUUUCUGUUCCUUAGGUUUGUUGGUUACAGUGUGUAAUAUAUACCUACAUAUGAACAUUUGAGCUGUCUAUUACUGUAAGACUUGUUUUUAAGUCUUGCUUUUAUUAAAGAAAAGUUUCUUUCA